AGUUCCUGGAACGGAGCAAAACAAAACAGUCCUGACAGCUGUAGCUUGCAAGCUAAGGGUGGACUGGACAGCCGAUGUUUUAACGCCCAGAAACCUUACUUGAUUUAUUAUAACAGCCUGUUGUUGGUGCUAUAUCCGGAAUGGGCUAGUGGACCUGCUUCUGUAGGCUGUCAUAUUAUGCAGUGAGGGGGGAAAGUUGCCAUGCUAAGACAAGCACAGAGAUGGCCGAGGCUGUAAGACCAAAGAAAACAAAGUCUAAGACCUCUGGGAAAUCUCAGGAAAAGAAGCACAAACAGCACACUGACAGUGUACGGAAAGCGCUGGAACAUGUCGCCUUGUCUGACAACAAGUCAUCAGCCCCAGAAUGCUCAGAAGUACCCAGUUUGGAGGACUUCACAGACAUCCCCCUCAGUCUGCCUCCAGAGGUCUCACCCCCUCAGCCCCAAGAGGACCUGCCCCAAGAGGACCUGCCCCUAGCCCUCAGCAGCACUGAGGCGCCACUGACCCAAGAGGAUCAUGGCAGCACGGACCAAGACACAGGAAGUUUGCAAAGCUUUAAAACAGCCGACUCAUUCUUUCCUGUCACUGAGAACAAUGACAAAGAGCAGAUCGAGCUCACUGCAGCACCAGAGGAGCAGCAGCAGCAGCAGCCGCAAGAGAGUAUCAAACAGGACCAACCGGCCACGCAAACCAAACUCAGACACUAUGAACGGGUGCUGCUGGAGCCAACAGCGUCAGCUCCAGACAUCUCCAGCGUGCCAUCGUUGUACCCCGUCCUCCCCUCACCCUCCCUGGAUGCGUCAAUGCUGCUGUCAGCUCAGCCGACAGAUGCGUCCCUCCACCCGGUCGGAGGCAGCGUUGUCAGCUACCCCCAGCUGAGGGACCCUGCGGUGCUCACCCUGCCUGAGCAGCUGUCCUCGCCGCCCAGCCUCAUCCCUGUGGACGUGGCGGAGAUGGAGAAGGAGAGGGAGAAGCCGCCACGCCAGAGGCUGUACCCAGAGCUGCCCAAGCCACUAUGCAGCUCGAGCCUGACGGCGACGGUGCAGGCCUUCACGAGCGAGCAGCUGCGCCUGUGGGAGCCGGGCUCCUGGCUGGAGAACGUGGAGGUGCAUGCGUCGGAGUUCGAAGGCUUGGCCCACCAGGAGGGCCACGAGCUGCACGAGCUGCUGCUCAACUACUGGCGCUGCCGCAAGCAGCUGACACAGGCACAGACCGAGCUGCAGGCUGCCAACUCCGACUGCAAGAGCAUGCAGAACCGCCUCUGGAGCUUCAAGGACGAGCAAAUCACCUUGCAGGGCGUGUGUGCGGACCAGGCCAAGGUGUGUGGCUACCACCGCUUCCAGAGGGUGGAGCUGAGCGAGGCGGUGGUGGCGGAGCUGAGGCACCUGUUCGAGACCAAGGCGGAGCUGCUGCACCAGACGGUGGCCCUGCACUCCUACACGGCCGUGCUGUCCCGGCUGCAGGUGGAGUCCUACCUGUACCGCCUGCUCCACAGCCACCCCCUCGCCAGGAACGUGGCCAUUCAGGACGCGGGCUCAGGCUGUCCUAGUGGAAAGUCGCAGCCGUAUUCCCUCAGAGCCAUCAAGGAGGCCGUCAGCGUGCUGUUUAGUUUCACGCGGAGGGUGCUGGACGACUCCCAGUUCCAGACAGACAUACACCUCUGGCUGCAGAAACUGGUGUCUGUGCUUCACGCGGUGGGCUCGGCUGGUGAACACCUGUAUCUCCUGAACCACCUGCUCAACUGCCCCGCUGGAGUCGGGAAGUGGGCGGUGCCCUUUCUGCAGAUCAAAGUGCUGGAAAAUCCCUCUGGGGUGUAUCACUUCAUGCAGGCACUGGCUGUGCUGAUGUCUCCUGUCAGGAACCGUGCAGACUUCCUGUGCCACAUGAAGCCCUGUGAGCCCAAGUCCCCCCCAACCAGCCACUCCGACCCCGCCUCCGGGAACUGGACCCUGGUGGACGAGGGUGGAGAGGAGGAUGAAGACCCAGACACAAGCUGGCUGCUGUUAUCUGAAGAUGACCUCAUUGCCCUGUUCUCCCAGUUCCCCUUCGACGAGCUCUUUAAACACCUGCUGGGCAUGUCAUCGGAAGGCAACUACCAGCCUCAGGCCACGACCAGUCAGAAGAUGAUGAAGAUCUUUGCCUUCGCCUCCUCCCUGGUGGAGCUCCUGGCUGUGGGGCUGCAGACCUACAACAGGGCUCGCUACCGACAGUUCGUCAAGCGCAUCGGCCACAUGAUCAGGAUGACGCUGUGCUACGUGAGUGACCACUGGGCUCAGUACAUAAGCCUGACAGGGGCCGAGGGCCGCACCACACUGCAGGAGCAGUCCUUCUCCAUGGAGAAGCUCCAGGUGGAGUUCGACCACCUCUUCCUGCGCGCCGUUCUGCACGUACUCAAGGCCAAGAGGCUUGGCAUCUGGCUGUUCAUGUCAGAGAUGCCCUAUGGCACCCUGUCCAGUGCCAUGCUGUGGAGGAUCUUCUACAUCAUGCACUGUGCAGAGACUGAGGGCCUGGAUAGACUCAGCGCUGGGCAGGGGCUGGAGGCCUGCAUACAGAGCCUGAGAGAGCCGAGUCACCAGGAGAAGUUUGGUGUGUGGUUGGCGGAGAUCAACAGCUCUGAUGGUAUCUGCCUGCUGACGGCCUUCGCCCACAUGGCCCAGCCCAAACGCACCGACGCAGACCCCGAUUUCGUCAAGACCAUCGUGCUCGAGAUCUACGAGGUGGCGUACGUGAGUGUGGCGACGCGUGAGACGUUCUCCAAGGUGGGCAGGGAGCUGCUGGCGGCCAUUGCUGCGGCCCAUCCUGACGUCAUCUCAGUGCUGCUGGACAGGCUUCAGGAGACAAUCGACAAAGUGGGCAUGGUGGCGCUGUACCUGUUUAAGGAGUUGCCCCUGCACCUGUGGAGGCCCAUGGCCAGUGAGGUGGGGCUGAUCCGGGGCUGGCUGCUGGACUUCCCCCUGGUUGCUGUGGAGAACAAGCUGGCCUGCAUCAUCCUGGAGGGCCUCAACUGGGGAUACCAUCACAGCGGUUGCCUGGCCCUGCCUGAUGCGCUGCACAUAGAGGUGGCUCUGCUGGCGGUGGAGGCCUACCAGAAGUACCUGACUGAUAAACCCUACGCAGGCCUCAUCUCUGAAGGCAUCAAGCAGGUGUCGUACCUGGCGAACGUGGUGCGUCUGGGCCAGACUCCGGAGGCCUCCUUCAACCAGUGGGCCUGGGACCUGGUGUUGAGGCUCAAGCUCCAUGACAACGAGCGGCGGCUCCACAACGCCUGGAGCCCGCUGCCCUCCAGUCCGCCCGUGCUGCCCGAGCUCACCGACGUGCCCAUGAUGCACCCUGUUCUCAAGGCCGUCAAGGCCAACAUCCCCAUUGGCUGCUUCCUGGCCAUCCAGAUGACCACCAUCGGACACAGUUUGGAAAAGUUCUGCACAGAUGGCAUUGCUCUGCUGAAGAUUCUGGUCCAGACGCGCCACCUCAAAGCUGUGGUGCAUGUUCUGGACAACCUCCUCCCUCUGGUCUACCCCUGCCAGUUCUACCUGCUCAAGAACGAACAAUUCCUGAGCUGCGUGCAGAUGUUUCUGCAGCUGGACAGCGGGACCCCCCAGGGCGUCACCCAGCAGGUCACGGCCAAGGUGGCCCACCUCAUCGGCACCUCCCACGGAGAGAACCUCAAGCUGCUCAACAGUGUCAUUCAGGCCCACAUCCUGGAGAGCUCUCGAGCGGGUCGUGUGGGUGCGGUGGCGGUUCUGGAGUUCUGGGUCCAGAUCCUGACGGAGCAGAGCAUGUGGCACCGCGACAAGACCGUACUCUACCUGCUGGACCACCUGAGCAGAGCCGCCUUCCUGCACCAGCACGAGGAGUGCCUGCAGAAGAUCCUAUACCAGCAGCACAAGAAUGCCUUGGGUUACCAUGGGGACAAGGGCAUUCUGUCUUCGCUGGUUGGCUGGAUCGUGGCUGGCAAUGUGACCCCUUCCUUCAUCGAGGGCAAUGCCAUGACUGAAGAGGUGUGGUUUGCAUGGCUGGUGUUGAGUAUGGAGUCUAUCUUCGAGGAGGAUUCCCAGCUGAGACGCUGUGUGGAACACGAGCUCCUAUCCAACCCUACUAUCAACCCCGACCAGGCCCUCAAGAAAGCUCAGGUGCGUCUGAAACUGCACGUGGUGCCGUCACUGCAAAGGAUGAUGGUCUACCGCUGGGCACAGCAGGCCUUGGCCACGCCUGCUGACCACCCGCUCCUGCCCCUCGUCUGGCAGAAGUUCCUGCAGCUCUACCUGCGCCAACCUGGGCCGGAGUUCGGGCUGGAGUCCAAGGGCAGCAUCGGCCGGCGCUACUUCCACACCUCGGCCCACGCCGCCCUGCUCAAGGACCUGACCCAGCGCCUGGUGGAGGUGUCGGACUUCCACCACGCGGCCAGCAAGGCAGUGAAGGUGCCCCGCUCCCCCAGCGAGAUCCCCAGCCCGGGGGACAUCGAGUCCCUGCCGGGUACUCCCAUCACCCAGUACAUGACCUCGCCAGAGCUCCACAUAGAGCUUGUCAGGUUGUUUGGUGUGUUUGCGGUGUGGCUGGAGGAUGAGAAUCUGCAGAAACAUGAGGUGUACCUGCCCUCUCUGCCUAAGCAGUACGAUGCUCACAAGCUGGCCAACAUCAUGCAGAAACAGCAGUCUUCCUGGGCAGUCCUGCGCUGGGUGCUUGAUCUGGUGACCUCACUGCAACCCUCUGGCAAGGGAAUACAGGAGGUGUGGAUGGAGUAUAUGGACAUUGAGCGUGUGCAGUAUGAGUUGAAUGAGGUGUUGAGUCUGUGGCAGCGGGUGAAGACCGAGCCGUCCUCACUCCACCCCGCCGCCAACUCCAUCUUCACCGACUUCAUCAACCCACAAGCGGCGAGGGAGCGCAUCCUGACCAACCUGUGUAAGCAUGAUGCCCCCCAGGCGGCGGUGGCGCUGGUGCCCAUGAGAGCCCCCGUGCCCGACGUGCCCACCGCCUGCCUCUCCGACGAGGCCGGCUCCACUGCACUGCUCCUGGAAGCCCUCACCAAGCUACAGCACCAGGCCAGGCUUGCAGCGAUGCGUGAGACCCAGCAGGUGGCGCUAGACAGUGAGCUGCUGGAGGUGCUGCCUCAGCUCUACUGCAACCGGCAGGAGCAGAUCACCAUGACGCUGGAGUGCAAGGGCAAGGGGGGCCAGCCCUGCCAGGGGGCCGCACACCUCUCCGCCAAGUAUGAGGGCAUGCAUCUGCAGGAGCCAGUGCAGACUCAGAUCCAGUCCCUGAAGAGUGACAUCAAGCAGCUGCAGACCGACGCCAUGAAGCCCCCUCCACAGAGCGUGGCAGAGGCCGCCGUACACACGGAGAACUUCAUCACUGCCUUAGUGAACGCCUUCAAGCUGCAGUCGUCUCCGGCGGUGCAGAGGGUGGGCAUCGCUGCCUUCUACCAGGUGGUGUCCUUCGUCUGCGAGGACACCCUGCGCCACCCGCCCACGCGCCAGUUCUUCUCCUCCUGCGUGGAGAUACUCGGACAGGUGUUUAUCCAGGGUGUCCAGACGGAGUGUGGCCACAUCCUGAAGACCAUCCUCCAGAAGCGACGCCUGUGUAACCUGCUGUCGCCCUUCUUCACGCCCAAUGCCUCCCCUGGCCAGCUGGUGGCGCUCUACGAGGAAGUGGUCAACGCCCUCCACACCGACAGUGGAGACGUCAUCUUCAUGCUCCUCACUAAAUUUGACCUGAGCCAGUGGCUGCUGGGUGCCCAGCCGGUGUUUGCGGAGCGUAGCCGGCUGAUGGAGCUGAUCCACCUGGCCCUGGGGGCCUGCGGACUGGAGCCCGACGCCGAGGUCAACAUGCCCUUCAACCUCUUCUGCAAGCACUGGACACGGCUGCUGUGCCACCAGUUCCCCGACCACUACAGCGACUUCCUGCGCCUGCUCAUGCAGAGUUCCUCUGAGCAGCUGCUGAGCCCCGAGUGCUGGAGGUCUUCCCUCAAAGCUCUGGGCUGCUCCGCAUCUCCCCACAAGAAGUCCUCCCCCCUCUGCCGGACCUCCAGCGUCUCCUCCCCCCUCUGUAGGACGUCCAGCGUCUCCUCGCGGCCCAAAACCUCCUCCAGGGCCUCCAGUAGUAAAUCCUCGCGACCCCGCAGCACCUCCUCCAUCGCCGCCGUGGUGGCCCUCUCUGUGGCCCCGUCUCCAUCCCCAUCUCAAACAGCCUCCCCCACUCGCUCACGGCCCUCGCCCAUCUACCUGUCUCCACAACAGGUUGACGAGACGAUCGAGUGGCUGUCCAACUACUUCCUGAAGCUGCGACUGUCUAAGGGAGACUUCCGCAGCUUCGGCCUGCUGUCCAAGUGGGCUCCCUACGUGGAGGAGGUCAAGGCCUUCAUGGCCUACCUGGUCAACUGCAUCAUCAACCAGGAGGUCAACAACUGUGCCAAGGAGCCGCUGGGCAGCCCGCGACUCCUCAAAGCUCUCCAGGACCUACAGUCUAAGAUGGCUAAACUCUUCAAGCCCUGGAUCCUGGUACUCGACACUGAUGAUGCCAGUAAUCCCCGCUGCUACCCCUGGCUUGAGUCGGACACCGUGACUGCCACUGGCAUAGUGUCCCUGUAUGCCCAGCUGACCGACACCCUGCAUGAGAAGUUCAAAGAUCGUUUGCUGCCAGGCCAGAAGGGGGCACUGUGGCUGCACCUGAAGCACUACUGUGACACCUGCACGUCGCCCAAGAUGCCGGAGUACCUGCUGUACGCCUACCACAGCGAGUACAAGCUCCUGUUGUGGAGAGACCUGCACCCAGACCAGGCCCUCAUGACACACUUCUUCAAUGUGGAGCGUGGCAGCCCCAAGAGCUGCUUCCUCUUCAUGGGCGCCCUGCUGUGCCAGGUGAACUGGGUGAGCGUGCUCAGUGAGGCCCUGGGUCCCCAGCCGAGCCCCGAGGCCCAGACCAUGGUGGUCUACCUGCUCUACAUGAUGAUCUUCCUGGCCAAGGAGGACCAGCUGCUCAGCAAGCCUGAUUCGGCCCUGCUGAGUCUGCUGGGGCAGUCCAGCUCUCUGCCCUGGCAUCUGGUGGACCAGUCUGCCUAUGAGAACGUGACGGGCUACGUCAACACGCACUACCCUGCCGCCCUCAUCCUCAGCCACGACGCCUCCUCGCAGCUCGUCAUACAGCUCCUCAAGAUGGCCGCCGGCUACGGGGCAAACCUGGAGGCCAAGCCACACAAGGACAUGACUGUGAAGUGCCAGGCCUUCCUGCGUCUGAUGGUGCAGUUCCUGACGGUGCUGGACCAGAACGGCAACAUCAGCCUGGCCUCUCUGGAGCUGGAGAUGGAGAAGCUCCUGGAGUGCAUCGUCAUCUUCAACCCUCCUGAGACGGACCUGCAGCAGAGACACAUGGCCACCUGCAGCCUGUUUGCGGAGCUCCUGUCUCUGUUGAACGGGGCGGGGGUGUCCACUGCGGAGGGCCUGGGGGCCAAGCUGCACAGCUGGGUGGAGAAGAGGGCCCGCGGGCCCCUGGUGCUGCCCCUGCUCACGGCCGCCUGCCGCUGCCUGGCCUCCGUGCGGCACAUGGCCCGCGCCACAGAGGCCUGCAUACUCUCCUACUUCACCGACGGAGGCUGUGCUGAUCUGUAUUCCGGCUGGGGUCCUAUAUUGGUGUCCCUGCAAGUGCCCGAGCUGACGGUGGAUGACUUUGUGCAGGAGAGCCUGUCUCUGGGCAGCUUCCUGACGCUCUACGUCUACGUGCUGCAGAAGCUCAACAUGGAGCAGACGGUGCUGAACGAGAAGAGGACCCUGGCCCUGCUCACCUCCUGGCUCAACCAGGUCUUCCCCAGUGGUGCUGCGGACGAGGCCAAGCUGUUCCUGUGGUGGCACAAGGCGUUGCAGCUGCUGCUGGUGCAGGUGGAGCAGGGGGACGCGUGUGCCCAGGACUACCUGAUCCUCACGCUGCAGGGCCUCCAGCAACGCCUCGCCCUGCUGGGGGAGGAGCGCCUCAACUCCGGCCUCCUGGGGGCCAUCGGCCUGGGCAGGAAAUCUCCACUCUCCAGCAGGUUCCGUGUGGUGGCUCGCUGCAUGUCUGCCUUCCUGCUGGUUCAGGUGCCUUGUGAGAACCAGCUGCGCACACAGCCCACCAAUAGCCUGCAGUCCUCUGCCAAAGCACAACAGACCCUGGCGGUGCUGGAGUCCAUGCCUGGUAAUAAGCAGUAUGCGGAGCUGCACGAGUCCAUAGGCCAGGCCCUGCAGUUCAUCAGCUACCCAGGCCACUGCCUACGCGAUGCCAACCGCCUACUAGCCCUGCUCCUCAACACCCUCUACACAGACCUUCACUACCUAGACAUCAUACGAUAACACGCGCACACACACACACACACUCGCACAAUCACUUGUGUUAACAUGUGUGCACGCACACACACACACACACACACACACACACACACUCGCCAAGUCUAGUCUUCAUUGGUAGUUUUGCCAUGAUUAGCUGUGUGAAGAACUUUGUGACAAACACACACGAGUGCGCUCUGAAGCCAACACAUACACACACACAUGUAACAAGACUCUUCCUCACCACGUCUUUGUUUCAUCAAGUGUGUGGCAGGAACUGAACAUCUCACGCGCACACACACACUUCCUGUUGGUGGCUGUUCAUCAGAUGUGCGGCAGCGACUGAGCAUCACGAACAAGGGGGGCACGCACAACUAGACGGUGUGUCGUUGAAAGGAAGCGUAUCCAUUCCGUUUGCCAGGAAGGAACCACAAAGAAACGGGCUUCUCAUCUCUGGUUCUCAUCUUAGUUUUGACAUUUUAAGAACAAAUCAGCUGGCCAAGUGUGGAAUAUAUGGAUUGCCUAUCAAAAGGCUGUUUGUAGUGUAAUCAUAAUCUAUUCUGCCAAUGUAGGCCCAGUAGAGGCAACUGCAGACCUCCGUGUGUUCCUUAGGUUGGGAAGCAGCCGAUAGGUACUGAGAGCGCUUCUCCUCCUUCUGUGUGAGUGCAUAUAUUUGCAGCCUUCACUAUGCUACUAGGGCCUGAAGAUGUGAAGAGAGGACACCCUAUUUUUAAUCAAAUUCCUUGCAUAUUGGUUGAGCUUGGUUGGGGUUUUAUUAUUUUUAUUUUUUCAUGGUCAUAGCCUUGCUCUCCCGCUAUCUGCCUUUUUCAAACUGGCCCUUGGAGAACAACACCACAUUGGUAACAAUCAAAAAGGACAAUGCCUUGGUCGGGGGAUUCUUGGGACAACUGCCAGUAACACCCGAUUGGUGAUUUGACCAUCAGGCGUUUUACGCACUGGAGUGAACGUGCUUGCUUAUUUAUGCUGAUUUGUUUUGCAUUGAUUCCUGUUGUUCACAUUGGAAAGAAAUAGUAUUUUGCCAAACUGCCAUCAGCACUUUUUAACCAUUUCCUGUUUUGUCACACAUUUUUUUAAACCUCCUUUUUCAAUCUCAGCAGUGUUUUCUGAAAUGAGUUACUGGACUUGCCAUUGGUGGAAUAUCUUAGUCACAUGCCACUCAGCUUUAAAGUGGAUGACACCCAUAAUCAUAACUGGCCAAUUGGGUCAGUGGAGCAUGGUCCUAGUAUCCUAGUAGCCAAUCCACAGAAGUUCAGGACCGCUGACAGCAUUUCCUGUGUUCGGGACAAAGUCAUCUGAAAGGCCCCCCUCCACGCAAUACAUACGUACCAUGUAAUAGGGACCUAGUUCUGGGCCCUCUUUCUCCCUGGGGCUGAGACAACUGACUCCUUUGUCCCGCCCGCUAGCUUCCCCUGAUGAGGUUCGUAAUCAUAUGGGGUCAGUGGAGCAGGGUCCUAGUAGCCAGUCUACAGGAUGUUACUGACACAUCAGGACAACCACUGCAUUCAUCCAGAGAGGUUGUUCAGUCUCCUCUCCAGGGAGACAGUUUAGUUCCUGAUUUAUAGAUUGCUCUCCCUUCCUCCUUUUAUAUUUACCCUUCUUUCUAUCUGUCUGUCCCCUCAUCUUUCUCUUUUUCUCUCCGUCAUAUCUCUGUUCUCAGUUACUUAUUUUCCUGCACUGAGCAGCUUUGAGCAGCAGAGGUGUCCAAACCUGGCUCAGAAGUAAAAACCUUAACACAUUGCAUUCUGCUCAUUCACAAGUGGUUAGAUGAAAUGUAUGGCAAGUUGUCUACUUUCUAAACCCAGGCUUGUCACCUCUACAUUUGAGCAUGUUCGGGAGCCCAGAUGAACUUGAACUAUUUGCAUGUUUGCAGGGUACCUCCGCGAUAUAUUCCACUUUCCUGAAUCGACUGAAUCAUCUUGACAAUGGAAGCUAUGUUGGACUUUUUUUGGCUGCAAAUAUGCUUCAUUGCGGAGCAUCAUUUCCGAUUAUCAAUCGUGUAUGUGUGUGUUAAUUUGCCAAGUUGGGGUGUGUGAUUGUCUCUCUGUCUGCUUUUAUUUAUGCAUUUUGCAGUUGUUAAAUAAUGCCCAGAAUGGAUGAAAAUGAAUGCCAUUCUGUCUACAUCUCAAAUAUGUACUCUCAUACAUGCUACACACAACACAAACACGCUCACACACACACUAUUGCACUUUUCUCUUAGUUGUCCACAGUUUUUACAACAAGAAAUUGACAUUUCUGUUUUAGUGUAUCUUAUCCCUGUAUGGAAGUUGAAAUCCUAAAAUGCAUUCAUGAAUAGUCUUCAGAAAUGCAAUGCGAUGAUGGCAACAUGAUGAUGUUAUAUCUCACAGCAAUGGAGGCAUUGUAAUGUCAUAUCUUGUGCUUUAUCAGCCUUAAGUUCUGUGUGUGAUGUCUUGAUCUCAUGUAUGUGCCAGAGUCCCAUGUUUUAAAUACAUUAACCAAAAGUGUG